CCCCAAGCCCAUUCUUUUAUUAAAUCGCUGAAAGUGGGCUGUGCCCAGCACCCUGGGGAUCGAUGGAAGGAGUGUUGGAGGGGAAAGUGCCCACCCUCCUGGCCCGGUAGUAGCGGGCGACCUCCCAUCUCCUUUGGUUGCGCUUGGACGUCCUUGGCUCGGAACCGCUAAAGUUGCCAAGACCUGUGGGCCACGGACUGCUAAGCACCUCCAUCCGACAUCCUUAAUCCUUUCUUUCAUCCUUUGGACUGGUAGAGCGAUCGUCACGCUAAAGGAGAGGAUUAGUGACUUGCCCUAGGUCGCAGAACAUAAAUGGAAGAACCGAAGUUUCAUGCAGGCUCCUGGGAAAGCUGGUGCUGCUGCUGCCUGAUUCCCGCCGACAGACCUUGGGACCGGGGCCGGCGCUGGCAGCUGGAGAUGGCGGACACGAGAUCCGUGCACGAAACCAGGUUUCAGGCGGCCGUGAAGGUGAUCCAGAGUUUGCCGAAAAAUGGUUCAUUCCAGCCAACAAAUGAAAUGAUGCUUAAGUUCUAUAGCUUCUAUAAACAGGCAACUGAAGGACCCUGUAAACUUUCAAGACCUGCUUUCUGGGAUCCUAUUGGAAGAUAUAAAUGGGAUGCUUGGAAUUCAUUGGGUGAUAUGACCAAAGAGGAAGCCAUGAUUGCAUAUGUUGAAGAAAUGAAAAAGAUAAUUGAGACUAUGCCAAUGACCGAGAAAGUUGAAGAAUUGCUGCGCGUCAUAGGUCCAUUUUAUGAAAUUGUAGAAGACAAAAAGAGUGGCAGGAGUUCUGAUGUAACCUCAGUCCGACUGGAGAGAAUCUCUAAAUAUUUAGAAGAUCUUGGUAAUGUUCUGACUUCUACUCCAAAUGCCAAAACUGUUAAUGGAAAAGCUGAAAGCAGUGAUAGUGGAGCUGAGUCUGAGGAAGAAGAGGCCCAAGAAGAAGUAAAAGGAGCCGAACAAAGUGAUUAUGAUAAGAAAAUGAUGAAGAAAUCAGCAGAUCAUAAGAAUUUGGAAAUCAUUGUCACUAAUGGCUAUGAUAAAGAUGGCUUUGAUCAGGAUAUACAGAGUGACACUCAGGCCAGUUCUUCCCUGAAUGGCACAAGCACUGAAGAAGAAAAACCUGCUGACCAAAACUUGGAGCAAACUGGAAAAACUGCUGUCUGCAUCCAACAGGAUAUAAAUGAUGAUCAUGUUGAAGAUAUUACAGGAAUUCAGCAUUUGACAAGUGAUUCAGACAGUGAAGUUUACUGUGAUUCUAUGGAGCAAUUUGGACAAGAAGAGUCUUUAGAGAACUUCACAUUAAACAAUGGACCAUUUCAAUGUUACUUGGGAGAUGAUCGCAGUCAGCCCAUAGAAAAUUCUGGUUUUUCUGAAGAUGUUCAAGUACCUCCUGGAAACGGUAAUAUUGGGAAUAUGCAGGUGGUAGCAGUUGAAGGGAAAGGUGAAGUAAAGCAUGGUGGUGAAGAUGGCAGAAACAACAGUGGAGCACCUCACCGAGAGAAGCGAGGGGGAGAAAGUGAGGAACUCUCUAACGUCAGAAGGGGGAGAGGGCACAGGAUGCAACACUUGAGCGAAGGAACCAAGGGCCGGCAAGUGGGAAGCGGGGGUGACGGGGAACGCUGGGGCUCAGACCGAGGCUCCAGAGGCAGCCUCAACGAGCAGAUCGCCCUGGUGCUCCUGCGAUUGCAGGAGGACAUGCAGAAUGUCCUCCAGAGGCUUCACAAACUGGAAACACUAACUGCUUCGCAGGCAAAAUCGUCAACACUGCAGACUCCUAAUCAGACCCCCUCACAGAGACCAUCUUGGUGGCCCUUUGAGAUAUCUCCUGGUGCAUUAACUUUUGCUAUCAUAUGGCCUUUCAUUGCCCAGUGGCUGGUGCAUUUAUAUUAUCAAAGAAGAAGAAGAAAACUGAACUGAAGAAAAAGGUGUUUUACUGAAGAAGACUGCUGGGCCUGGAUGACCUCAGAAUGAAAUGGAUUGUGGUAUUCACAAGAAAGUCUUAGUUUGUGAUGAUUACAUUUCUUUUUGUUGUCCAGUAGUUUGGUUUGUGUACAUAUAUGCAUACAUAUUUUGCACUACACAAAUGAUAACAUUUUAAGGACUAAUGUCACUGAUACUUGAAUAAUCAAUCAAUCUCAACUAGGUUAUAAGUAGCAUACAUAUAUUUACCCUACCCUUGAACUUGAAGAACAUUAAAUUAUUAAUCAUUGUUUGGUAACACGUUUACCUGAUUAUCUCCCGUAGAGAAAUAUAAGCUGCUUUCCCAAGGUACAGUUAUGAUAAUGAGGUCAGAUAGAUUUAUAGGCGGGUAUUUUUAAUUUUGUAAACUAAAAAUGAGAAAGAAUGCAAACCAGGAGUGUUUCAAAUGAGAUUAAAUCAGCGUCCUGUCUUAGUCACUGAAUGGCCAUGUCACAUAGUAUAAAAACUACUGGAAGAAUCUUCUUCAUCUUCACUUUGUGGGUUGCGCAUAAACUUUUUUGGGCAUCCAUAACCUUGAGUUUGGUGUUCAGGCAUCUUAUGUCAUAAGCUUGAUGUUACAAAUGACUCACAGAACGACAUAACCUGCUGAUGGAAAUGAUGAAGAAUGAGCAUAUGCAGGUUUAAAAAAGUGUAUUCUGAGCCUGCAGAUGAGUAACAUGAUUUUUAUUCAGUCAUAUACAUUUAUUUCUUUGUAGUCCUUUUCCUUUAACUGAGGAUAUCUAGGGUCUGCUUCACAGGUGCUUUGAAAUAUAAAAUGAAAACUUAUUUAUACCGUUUUUACAAAGGUCAAAAAGGAAACACAUGAAAAUCACUUUUCUGCAACUGGUGAACAAAACAGACUGGACUCUUAACCUCUUAGUGCCUCAGUUUUUCCUUCGGGUAAUAUUUUAGAUAUACCUACUUUAUAGGGGUACUGGAAGGAUUUGCAAGCUAAUAGGCCAUAUGCUUUCAUAUGAAUAAGGCAUGCCCACGUACUGGAAAUUAGUUCCUCUACCCCACUUCUCACAUUUAAAUCAAAAAGAAGGCUAUAAUUUAGAUCCUUUGAGACUUUUUGGAAAAUCUUUCUUCCUGUAUAUCUUCUAAAUUCCUUGCUCACUUAGAUGUACCUUGUGCUUUGAAGAUUUCUUUGAUUCAAAUGCUUGUAGCAAAUACUUUUUAAGUAGUCUCAAGAUAUAUGAUGUUGGGUUAGCAUCAUGUUUUCAGAAUACUUUAAAUAAGAAGAAAAGAAUUAAUCCAUCUUUAGUAUUAGUUCUUUAUUUGCCUGAAGAAAAAAGUAUGAGAACAUAAUUUGCUUUUUCCAAACUUUUUUUUCUUAUUCUUUUCUUUCAUGUAAUUUGGCGAUAAUUACUUUUUAAUCCUAUCUUGUUUAAAAUUUGUCUAAAGGGAUCUAUUAAUAUUUGUUUUAAAAUAACUGUCCUUUAUUUAGAAAUACAAUAAAGCAAGUAACUAACUUACACAUUAAAGUUUAGACCUGUGGAUCAGAGAUAUUUUCAAAAAUUAGACACAAAUCUGAUGUCAGAAAAGGUGGCUUUUCUCUUAGUAUAUAAACAAACAAAAUGCAAAUUAAGAAUGUAAGCAGUUGUGAAUCAUUAUAGGUGGCCAGAGGUAACUAAAUCCUAGGGGUAAAUAUUUGUAUCCUGUUCCAAAGUCUUAUUUUAUAGUUUAAAAAGCACUUUGCACACAUUUCUUGUAUAUAAAAGUAAAGAUGUAAUUAUAGGGUAUAGUGUUCCUGCUUUGUUUAACAAGAACCUCAUUUUAAAUUUUGAGGUGACAGCUAUGGUAUUUUUUUAAUGAUCAACUUUUUUUCUGUUUCUUUAUUGUAAAACUAAGUUAAAAAUAAAAGGUUAAUGAGAAA